UCGCGUUCAACGUGCCGUGCUCGCUAGACGUCCUGCUCAAUUCUGUGAGGAACACAAUUACAAAAUGCCUUUUUGCAAGUCAACUUUUAUGGGGAUAACGAUGUUCUGUUUGUUUGCCUUCGGAGACAGCAUAUUGUCUACCCGAAAUUUCAAGAGACAUGAGAGAGAAAGGCGAGCUGAGCUAAGCGUUAGUGGUCAGGCUGACAGUUUGCAAUGCAUUGCAAAUGGGCGGGACGGAAGAGAUGGAAGAGACGGAAAAGAUGGACGAGAUGGACAAAACGGCGCUAAAGGAGAGAAAGGAGAACCAUGUAAUUGCAACAAGGAAGGGGAAAUCCAAGUAGAAACAUUGAAACAAGAAAUAACAUCAAAUAGAAUGCAGUUGGAACAUCUGCAAAGUAAAGUGGUGCAACUAAAAACUCAAGUCAGCAUGUGGAAGGCAGACCCCUUUUCAUCGAGCACUGAGAAAGAACUGCGGCAGUGUGGUGAUAUACAAUACGCAAGAAAAAUUACCAGCAUUCCUGCAAGAUACGAUUAUCGAGCAGAAACGUUCGAAAUAGAUGGAUCGUUCUACGUUAUGGUCGUUUCUUACCACGAUGUCAGCAAGUAUGGAAUAGACUCUAUAAUAUACAGUUUUGAUGGAAAUGCACUGGAGAUAUAUCAGAGUGUGCCAACCGAUGGGGCUAUUGAUGCAAAAUACUUUGAAAUUAAUGGGCAGCGAUAUCUUGCAAUCGCACAACAUUACGGAGACAGAACGUCUCUUGGAUACGGAGUCAACUCUCAAAUACUCAAAUGGAGAAACAAAAGAUUUGAGCACAUUCAAUCUCUUCCAACGAAAGGCGCCUUUUCCGUUGCACAUUUCAAUGUUGAAAAUGACACUUUUAUAGCUUUUGCUAACUACUACGAUUCUUCUUCAUACAGCUUAAAUUCACAUGUCUACAAAUGGAGAUCUGGUCAGUUUGUAUUAUUCCAAUCCAUUCCUUCUUUGGGAGCUUUCUCAAUUAAGCACUUUCAAAUUGGAAACUUACACUUCAUUGUCAUUGCUCAUCAUUACACAGGAUCAACAUACAACACUGAUUCUAAGAUCUACCUUUGGUCAGGAGCACAAUUUGAGAUAUUUCAGUCUAUUCCAACGUUUGGUGCACACGAUGUUGAAACAUUUACGUCAAAUCAAUUUACAUUUAUUUUGUUUGCUAAUUAUUACAACCAAAACACCAAGAGCAACAACAUUGAUUCUAUUGUCUAUAUUUGGAAUGGCGUUAAAUUUGAAGAAUUUCAAUCUAUUGCUUCCAAAGGAGCAACCGACUUUCAAGCGUUUUCAGCAUGUGACAAAACAUAUGUUGCAAUUGCUAACCAUUACGACGGCAGUUCCGGAGAAAUUUCUUCUGUCAUUUAUAACGUGAAUGGUGCUGGCCUUCAGCCUUACCAACAUAUUACUGUUGCAAACAUAAUUCGAUGGUCUGCUUUCACCUAUGGUAAUAGCACUUAUCUAUUUGCUGGACCAAACACUACCAAACUAUCAUACCUCUUUAAGUGGGCUGGCUAAGACCAAGACCACGUGAACGAGACUGUAUUACAUGAUAUUUGCGACAACUUUACAACAGCUUGUUGAUGUCAUAAUCAGCUGCUGAUGAUGACUAAAGCAUGAAAUCAAUAUAGUGUUUCGUAAAGGAAA